AUGACAACUCUCACCUUUCCCUCUGUUUUUGUGCCUUUAGUAGGCCUAGUUUUUCCGGCAAUUGCAAUGGCUUCGUUAUCUCUUCAUAUUCAAAAUAACAAGAUUGUUUAG